AUGAAUAUGAAGAAAUGCAUUGUAUUGGUGAUGGUGGUGACAAUAGUUAUCGUGACAGGGGUAAGAGAAGUAGAAGGACUUUCAUGCAUGGACAAGUGCUUGUUUAAGUGUGGAUUCUUCUUUCAACAUCCAGUAUCUUGUGAAGACAAAUGUGAGCGUGAAUGCCAUGAAUCACCUAGUCUUCUAUCUCAAUCAUCCCAGAUGGAGACUAUAGGAAUGAGAAACAUAAAAGGAUAG